AUGCAAUUUGCGAACGUUGUUGCCGGCUCGUUGGUGGCUGCUGCCGCUGUAUCGGCUGCCCCUAUUGCUCAAGCUCAGGCCCAGGACCUCUCUUUCCUUGCCGAUUCAGGGUUUUGGUCGCUGGCGUCUACCCUUGCAUCGGCGAUGUCAAAAAUUCUUGAUACGGGGAAAUCUUCCAACCCCGAAACUUCUAAGGCAGUAACGGAUGGUACAUCGAGUGCUCCUGCCGGAUCCUCAGGUUUGAUUGGUUCGUUAAUCAAUGGUUUUACUUCCAUACUCACUGGUGGUCAAGGUAUUGGUGGUGUCCUCAAUGCUAUCAUUUGA